UUAUUACUGAACAUUUUUGAGUUUGACUUAAAUGACUGAGCCAUAUUUCCUGUUAGGCCUUGUAGGCCCAAGCACUUUAAUUUAAUUUUUGUGUUGUACAAUGAAAAGUGUCUAGUCCUAUAGUUUCAUAGAGCCAACUGCAAUCUGUCUUGUUGUUGUAGCCUAAGUGGGUUAAUUUUAACCUGCCUUUAUUUGGUAGCCUGUUUUGUUUUAGUCUUUUUAGAGGCAUAUAAGCCUAAGGGUCUCUAUUUGUUCUGUGUUUUCUUUCUAAGCAGUUAGGCUAUGUUUAGCCUAUAUGCUGUCUGUCAUCCUUUCUUGCAUUGUCUUGAGCCUUCACUUUGCUUAUUAUAAGCUAUAUUGGAUAGCCCACAGUCAUUAUGCUACAUCAUAUCGCCCUCUACUGGAUGUAAAAUGCUCUGCAGUACAUUUUUUUUCAUUUUAGAAUGUUAAGUUCUACAUCUGUAGUUAUUUUGGUGAAAGUAACUCAAAAGUAAUACAGGAGUAAUAUAAUGCAUUGCAAUUCUGAGACAGUAAUAUUAUAAGGUAAAGAAUUACUUUUAAAUAACAGUAACAAGUAAUCUAUAAUGUAUUACAGUUUGGAAGUAACUUGCACAACACUGCGUCCAUCUCGCGAAUGUUCAGUCUUCUUCUGCCAUCUUCACCCAUUAUCCGCUUUUCCAUUGGCCAGCGCGAGCACAGAGGCCGAAAUCAUGCCUCCUGUAAAACACUGCGGUCACGACUAAAUGACAGACCAAUUUUAAUUUUUAAACUGUAUUUGUCAUAACUUUGGCAUAUAAUUAUUAAAGAAUAAAACAGUAAAAGAACAUGAAAAUCACCACAGUGGUUCUUGGGGAGAUGUAGAACAAGAAUCAGGUGGAGUUUGCAGAAAAUAAUUUGAUUUCAUAUUUUUAUUAAUUUUUAAAAUAUGUCUGUAUAGAGAGGUAAAUUGUGUAUGACUUUGACAUAUAAUUAUUAAAGAAUAAAACAGUAAAACAACAUGAUAGUAGUUGGGAACAUGUAUAACAAGAAUCAGGUGAAGUUUGCAGAAAACAAUUUGAUUUCAUAUUUUUAUUAAUUUUUAAAAUAUGUCUGUAUAGAGAGGUAAAUAGUGUAUGACUUUGACAUAUAAUUAUUAAAGAAUAAAACAGUAAAACAACAUGAUAGUAGUUUGGAACAUGUAUAACAAGAAUCAGGUGAAGUUUGCAGUAAACAGUUUUAUUUUAUUUAUUUUUUAAUGAAUUUAAAAAAAAAAAAAUUCUACCGACACUAAACACCUACCACGCAACCUCAUGUAGACGCGCAAUACAUUUUAAGCAUAGAUGGCGUGACCGCAGUUGUAAACCCCGCCCUAAACACGUCUUCACUGGACUAUGUCAUACAAUACAAAGUGACACCAGCGAGAGGGAGAUGAAUGAAAUAAAUCGCUAAACAAACAUAUCAGAAACUGUCAUUUAGUCUUUAUUUACAAACUCGUGGUCUUGCUGUUUUUUUUUUUGUUUUGUUUUUUUUGAACAAUUAAAGUUUGGGCUAAAAGUGUGUUGUAACGCAACCGUUACUGAACAUGUACCGAGUAAAAUAUUACUGAAAAUUGAUUAGUAAUGCCUUACACUACUGCGUUACAGCAAAAAAUAACACAUUACUGUACUCCCAACACUGAUUAAGUGUAAAAGGAAGAACAGUAGAGAAAGAAACCACAAAACAGAAAGAAUAUAGCUAUUUUUAAAAAAAUAAAUAGCAUCUUAUGACCCCUUUAAGGGUGAGGUGUGAAUUCAUGUUUUCUCUAUAUUUUUUACUUUAAUUGCAUCAUGCUUGUUUGAGAAGAAAAUACAUUAUAUAUAGCAGGUAAAAGGGAAGCUUUAAUUUUUGGUUUACAGAAAGGGAGGAGUCAACAUAGCCCCUGUUCUUCAAGCAGUCAUAACUCAGAUUCAGCAUUUCCAGACAAGAAAAUCUGAUGAUGGAGCUUAGAUUAGGCUUCAAUUCAACAUCUAACAGCACUGCUGUGGGUUCAGAACAGAUCGCUCCUGCUGUAGUUCUGGGUUUGUGCUGUUUGGUGGGUUUGCCAAGCAAUAUCACAGUAAUCAUCAGCAUUGCUCGUGAGUGGAACAAACAUUUGAGCUUUACCUUAAAACUAAUACUAAACCUUGCUGUCUCUGAUGCUUUGACCCUUUGCUUGGCUCCUGUGGUGCUGUGUGGAAUACUGUUUGGAUGGAAACUCGGCCUUUUGUUUUGUAGGAUCUUAUUCUUCUUGGGUCACUGGAGUCUGUAUGUUGCUGUCCUGACGGUCACCUCCAUGAGUGUGCACCGUUAUCACAAUGUCAUCAAGUCCAGAGUCACUAACAGGAUGAUACUGCACAGACUGGAGAGACGGCACAGGCACCUUCAGCUGAUUAGCAUCUGGAUUCUAGCCUUUGUUUUUGCCCUACCAAUAUUUUUCACUCGAGAACUCAAAGACAAGGAUGGACUGCAAAGAUGUCAGAAGACAAUGGAGUCACAGUCUGUAGUAGUGACUGUUUUGCUUCUUCAAAUCCUGUUGGGGUUCGUCAUCCCAUUUUUGAUCAUGUUAACAUGUUAUCUCUGGUUGCAUAAAUUUUUGAGCCAAAAAGCCAAGAGCUCCAAUCUAACUAGAGCUCCACAGAACCAGGAACCCAGAAAUCAGGGGCCAAAGUUUAGGACUUACAAGAAGAGACUUGUGGUCAGCAUCGUUGUGGCUUUCUUUCUGUUUUGGACUCCUGUGCACAUUAUCAAUGUGAUUGAUAUAGUUACUAUUCUGACUAAAACUUCUCAUCCAGACGUUCAUUCCCAACUGAAGUCCUUCCGUAGAGUUUAUGGUGACACAAGCAAGACUCUGGCUUUGCUAAACUGCUGUCUGAAUCCUUUUCUCUAUGUUUUCUUUUCAAGGAAUGUCAUAAAGUGUAGUAAGUAGAACCCCCCCAUUGUUUAUUUCACAGUUACAAAUUCAACUAAUUAUUUUUGAGUUGUAAACUUUGUCUGCUAACAAAAUUGAGAUCGGUUUGCUUUAAAAAUUUCUUCUCUGUUGUAAAAAGCAGCAUGUAUGCAAUCUUUUAUCUUUGCUAUG